UCUCCCGUGCGCCCAGCCCGCAGCUGCUCGGCCGCAUCAUGGUGACGUCCUGUCCCGCCAGCCCCGUGAGUCCGGCCGCCCCCGCAGGGAGGCAGGACGACGAGCAGAACCUGCGCGCCCCGGUGAAGAAGAGCCGGCGUCCACGUUUCCGGAGGAAGCAGCCGCUGCAGCCGCUGCAGCCCGGCCCGCUCCCGGGAGACUCGGGCGUGUGCGACCUCUUCGGGUCCCCGGGCUCCAGCUCGGACGGCGCGGACAGCCCCUCGGCGUCGGCGGCCCGAGGCUGCAGCCCCCCGCCCGGCUCCCGGGCCCAGCAGUGGGGGGCGCUGGACCUGCAGACCUUCCGCGACUACGGCCAGAGCUGCUACGCCUCCCUCAGGGCGCGGGAAAGCCAGUUCCACCCGCGGGGAUCGCUGGCGCGGCAGCCACAAGUAACAGCGGAAUCCCGCUGUAAGCUGCUCAGCUGGCUGAUCCCAGUGCACCGCCAGUUUGGCCUCUCCUUCGAGUCGCUGUGCCUGACGGUGAACACGCUGGACCGCUUCCUCCUCACCACUCCUGUGGCUUCAGACUGCUUCCAGCUGCUUGGGGUCACCAGCUUGCUUAUCGCUUGCAAACAGGUGGAGGUGCACCCGCCUCGAGUGAAGCAGCUGCUGGCCCUGUGCUGUGGCGCCUUCUCACGUCAGCAGCUCUGCAACCUCGAGUGCAUCGUGCUGCACAAACUGCACUUCAGCCUGGGCGCCCCAACCAUCAGCUUUUUCCUGGAGCAUUUCACACACGCCCGAGUGGAGUCCGGGCAGGUGGCGGUCCCCGAAGCCCUGGAGGCACAGACUCUGGCGCGAGGGGUGGCAGAGCUGAGCCUGGCCGACUACGCUUUCACCACCUACACCCCCUCGCUGCUGGCCAUCUGCUGCCUGGCACUGGCUGAUCGGAUGCUGCAGCUCCCGCACCCCGUGGACUUGUGCCUGGGCGGGCACCCCGAGGAGACGCUGCAGGACUGCCUGGGCAAAUUGCAGCUACUGGUGGCCAUAAAUGAAACCUCCCUGACUCACAUGCUGCCCCACCAGAUCUUCGAGAAGUGCAACCUGUCCCCGAGGAGGCUGAAAUAAAGUGCACACUCUUGUCCCCCUAGUGGGGCUGCCAGGACCUCUCCCAUUACCUGAAACUUAUCCGGAUGGCUUUCUGGCUCCCAUUUCAUCCCCAAGAUUGUAAAUAGUGUA